AUGACGGCCGCGCUCUUUAUCCAUUCUUCGACGCUCGGCCGGAACAACGGACUGCACACGAUCCGGGCUGGUGGGUUUCGUCGUCACGAACUCGAAGAUGACGAAGCCGCUGUCCUCACGGACGGCGCGAACCUAUCGCGUGCAAUGUCCUACAAGAAUGCGGCGGCCGACCUUCCCCUCGGUGGCUGCAAGAUGACCGUUCAAUGCGCACCGGUCGACGCCGACGAUCGUUCGCGGGUUGGAUUCCUCGCCUACACGAUCGAGAGCGGACGCUUUCUGACCGGCCCCGACAUGGGCUUCAUGCCGGAGCACGCCGACGCGAUGCGCGCGCGAUUUACGCGUCACGUGACGGGCGGCAAGAAGGGCGCACUCGGACCGACCGGAACGCCGACCGCCCGCGGAACCUUCCUCGCGAUGGAGGCCGCAGCGCAACACCAACUCGGCGUCGAAAACCUCGCCGGACUCACGGUCGCGAUCCAAGGUCUUGGCGCCGUCGGUCUGCCCCUCGCCAGACACCUGCGAGAAGCCGGAUGCAAACUGAUCGUCGCGGACAUCAACAACAGCGUGAUCGCAAAGGCCCACGAAGAAGUUGGUCCGUUCGAGGUAGUUCCGGCGGCGACGAUCCUCGACGUCAAAUGCGACAUCCUCGCGCCGUGCGCGGCCGGCGGCGUCAUCACGCGGGAGCAGAUCGAGCGGCUCGACUGCCAAAUGAUCUACGGUUCGGCCAACAACCAACUCGCCGCCGUUUCGAAAGAAGAAGAGCUGUCACUCGCCGAAGCCGUUGCGAAGCGGGGCAUCCUCUUUCAAGUCGACUGGACCCACAACACAGCCGGCGUGAUGUCCGGAUACGAAGAGUACGUUCGCGGCACCGAAGCUCGCGCGGCGCAUCUCGAACCUCGCCUCGAACGUGAAAAACGCCAUCGCACGUCCGCCUACGACGAGGUCGAAGCGCGCAUCUUUCACGAAGGCUGA